AUGACAAAGCCAUGUAAAAUACAUAGUUAUAGUGAUGGAGAUGUUAUAUUAACAGUCGAGGAUACAUCAUUUCAGUUACAUAUAAGUAUUUUAUCACUUGCAUCAAAAGUUUUCGAAAAAAUGUUUUUAUCAAAAUCAUUUCAAGAUUUUUUAUCAUUUAUUUACCCUACAAAUAAUCUAAGAAUUUCAUGGGGUAAUAUUGACGAUAUGCUUAGGAUAGCUGAUAGGUAUGAAGUCAGUUCUUUGUUUGAUAGAGGUUUUGAAUUUUUAGAACGAGAAUUUUACUUUAAACCUUUAUACUCACUACUGUUGGCUGACAGAUAUAAUAUUCCAGUAGUGUACAAGGAAUCAUCUAAACUCGUGCUUGACAAUUUCACGACAUUUAGAUUAGACAACUUGUAUAAAGAUUUGUCAGUGGCAGCAUGUAACUCAUUGAUUAAACGAUAUGGUGGCUAUGUAAUUUCAUUAAUGAUAAUAAAUAAGAUAGAUUUUAUAUCAAAUUUUUCACAUACUUGUAAUAAUGAAAAUGACCAUGUUACAAUAUUAACAGAUUUGUUAAAAACACGAAUUAAUGACGUGUUUACACUUCCGCCACUUCCACCAUCUAAAUUUUAUAGUGUAUUUAGUCAGAAAAUUAAUAUGUAUGCUUUUUUUAGUCAAGGGCUGAUAUGCGAGUGUUCGUUUAAUGAGCAUUUUAUGGGGUUAAUCAAAGAAUAUUUUGGUGAAUUUGAACCUUUAGAUAUCGAGGGAGAUAAAGUAAAUGCACCAAAAUAUAUAUUUGUUGAAAUUAAUAGAUAA